CCGCUCGCAGCCGAGCGGCCGCGGCGGCGGGGGGAGGCGCUCGCCGCCCCCCAUCCAUCCUUCCAUCCCUCCCUCCCUUUUUCCCUCCCUCCCUCCACCUACCCACCCAUCCAUCCAUCCAUCCACCCGCCCCGCCCGCCCUCCAUGGGCCGGCGCGGCCGGCGCUGAGCGCCGGGAGGCAGCGCCCGGCGGCGCGAUGAGCGGCGGGGAGGUGGUGUGCUCGGGCUGGCUCCGAAAGUCACCGCCGGAGAAGAAGUUGCGGAGAUACGCAUGGAAGAAACGCUGGUUCGUCCUGCGCAGCGGUCGGAUGAGUGGUGACCCCGAUGUCCUGGAGUACUACAAAAAUGACCACUCCAAGAAACCUCUGCGUGUCAUCAACCUCAACUUCUGCGAGCAAGUGGAUGCAGGCCUCACCUUCAACAAGAAGGAGCUGCAAGACAGCUACAUCUUCGACAUCAAGACCAGUGACAGGACCUUCUACCUGGUGGCUGAGACGGAGGACGACAUGAACAAAUGGGUUCGCAGCAUCUGUCAGAUCUGUGGCUUCAACCAGUCCGAGGAGAACACAGACACCCUGAGGAGCAUUGCCUCCAUGAACCACGGCCCACGCUCCUCCCCGGCAGAGCUCAGCAGCGCCGGCCACCACCUGCUGCGCGAGCGCAAGUCCUCGGCGCCGUCCCACUCCAGCCAGCCCACCCUGUUCACCUUCGACUCGCCUGCCAGCCACCUCCAGAGCACCCUGUCUGCCAGUGCCCCCCAGGACUACCUUUUCCUCCACCAGUGCAUGAGCAGAAAGUCAGAAAACGCAAGGAGUGCCAGCUUCUCCCAAGCCACCAGGUCUGCCUUCUUCAUGCGGAGCGACACGGCGGUGCAGAAGCUGUCGCAGGGCAACGGGCACUGCGUGAACGGCGUCGGGGGGCAGCUGCACGGCUUCUACAGCCUGCCCAAGCCCAGCCGGCACAACUCGGAGUUCAGGGACAGUGCCUACGACCUGCCGCGCUCCUUCGGCUCCUACACCCACCCCAAGUCGAGCCUCACCAGCUCCGAAACUGAUAAUGAGGAGGUCUACACCUACAAGACUCCCAACAACACCCUAUGCAAGGAGUUUGGGGAGCUCUCCACGGACUCCUAUGACAUCCCUGCCACCCCACUCUCCAUCUACCAGAUCCCCAGGACAUUUACACUGGACAAGAACCACAACGCUCUGGCUGUGGCCGCCAGCGACUCGCCCGCUGCACCGCCCCCACGGCCCCCCAAACCUGGGCAGACAGAGCCACGCUGGGGCAGCCCACCCCAGCGGCCCCAGCCUGGUGAAAACUUAGGUCUCACCCCCAUGGCAGCCACCAUUCCCCGGAGAAACACGCUGCCAGCAGUGGAGAACAGCAGGCUGCACCGAGCUUCUUCCUGUGAGACGUACGAGUACCCCCAGCACGGGGGCGGCAGCGCUGUGCAGUCAGUCGAGUCCAUGAACGAUGGCUACAGCUCCUACCUGCAGGCCAAGGCAGCGGUGGCUCGCUCCCACAGCACCGACUCCGAGGACAACUACGUCCCCAUGAACCCUGGCUCCUCGCCCCUCAUCCACGCCGAGAAAGCCAACGACAAUGCCCAAAACCUCUACAUCCCCAUGAGCCCCGGGCCACACCACUUUGACCUGGUGGGGCUGUCCUCAGCCACCCUUCCCGUGCAUAAAGGAGGAGCCGUGGCUCAGUGCCACCGGCGGCUGAGCGAGAUCCAGCCCCCGCCUGUCAACCGCAACCUCAAACCCGACCGGAAAGCAAAGCCAUCACCACUGGACCUGAGGAACAACACUGUCAUCGAUGAGCUUCCCUUCAAAUCACCAGUCACAAAAUCCUGGUCCAGGCCAACGCACACCUUCAAUGCUGGCUCCCUGCAGUACUGUCGCCCUGUCUCCUCCCAGAGCAUCACCAGCACUGACUCAGGAGACAGCGAGGAGAACUACGUGGCCAUGCAAAACCCCAUUUCUGCUUCUCCUGUUCCUAGUGGUACCAACAGCCCAGCGCCUAAAAAGAGUUCGGGGAGUGUGGAUUACCUGGCCCUGGACUUCCAGCCAAGCUCACCAGGGCCACACAGGAAGCCCUCCACCUCGUCGGUGGCCUCAGACGAGAAGGUGGAUUACGUGCAGGUGGACAAGGAGAAGACGCAGGCGCUGCAGAGCACCAUGCAGGAGUGGACUGACGUGCGGCAGUCCUCGGAGCCUGCCAAGAGCAACAAGCAGUAGUGCCGGCGGCGGGCAGGACAGCAGGCACAUGUCCUGUUGGUGUCUCCAGCUGGGCAGCCAGAGCCACUUGGGCUGGAUUGCUGAGACUUGUCUGUGGAGGGGAGGGGGUGUCAUUGGUGUUUUUUCUCUUAAAACAAAACUUAAUUUCAGGGGAAGACUUGGCGGAUACUGUUUGCCAGUGAUAAAGACCAACUAUGUUCGGUGGCUAGGUUUGUGCUUUAGCUGCUGGAUGCACUAUCCAGGAACUUUGACUUAGCAAUACCAGGUUUCACCCUACACCUCUUUUCCCUACAGCUAUUAAAGCCACCUUGUAUGUGCUAACACUGCAUCAUCUCUCCCCGUCUUCGUCCAUAUCGUACCCUAAACCACACCACGCAGGUUUGCAGCAUCUCCCAUAGGAUAUCAUUACCCAGCUCUGAUCCUCCACUCCUUGUGGUUGUCCUCUUCUCUGCCUCCUCCCAGUCCCAAAACUGAGCAAGGACCAUUGCUUGAAAUCACUUUUGUUGUCCUGUCUCUUGUAAAUAAUAUGCUCAGAAUCUCUGGGUGUUCUCCUCCUGGCCGGACAGCCCCCAAAGGUUUUGGUUGGGGUUGUUAACCUUCAGGAACUUGAUGAGCAUCCACACCUUCCCAUUGAGCUGAGUUAGGAGCCCAGGACUUGCCCCAUCAUGCACACACAUACAUGCCAGCACAUGCUCACAUGAGUUUGUUGGGGUGUCUUCUGUUUGUAUUCUCCAUCAUCUCUCUAAGUCAGUGGGCUGGAGAAAUUGGCUUUGGAAAGGGCUGGAGGGAUUGGCUUUGGAAGGUAGAAUUUAAGCACUGACCCACUGCCUGUCUGAAACCAAUUCCUGUGAAUCUGACCCUAAAAACCAAAAUUUGCCUUUUGUGCUACCGAAAGAAGCCCAUAGAGUGAGAGUCCUACAUUGUGGCCAUCGUGAGAAGCUCUGUGGUUGAGUAUGAGGGGUCAGGGAGGCUCUGGAGCCCCUGUGUACGUGUGUGGGAUAAGGAUGAAUGACAAGAAGGGAGUGGAAAGCUGCUGCGAGGACUGGGAGAAGGCAGGUGCUGUACUGCAGAGGUUGGUGCUGGGUGAGGAGGUCUGGUGGAAUGUUUCUUGGGAGAAAGAAGAAGAGUAAUUGAAAUGUUGGUUGAUGGUGAGGUCAUAGGCUUGGGAAGAGGUGGGUCAGGAGAGUCAGGGCAGGGUUUUUCAGUGUGAGCUUUGUGGUUGGUUUGUGGAGGGUGCAAAAUGCUGUUUUCCCCUCAUCUUCAGCAAUGUUUCCUCAACACAGAAGUGGGGCUUGCUGACAUUAAUGACCCUGGGCUGUAAUUAUGGGUGGGAGUCUGCUGUUGUCCCUUGCCAGCAUCCCUAACACAUCCAGGCUUUGGGAUCGCUCGCCAGGCAGCUGCUUAGCACAGAGAGAAGAGAAGGACAAGGCAGUUUAAUGCAGAGAUAAUAAUUCAUGAUCUCAUGAAAACAGGAAGAACUAAUGAUUGCCAUGGAGCAGCCUGAUUGCCAGACAGCAAGCGCUGACACGAAUAAACAGGCUGACCGCAAACCAGGAGCCAAACGAAGGAGACAUUAGAGAGAUUAGGUAAUAUUUGUUAAAGAGCUGGAGCUAUUCUUUCUGCAGGCUGCACCCCUCCCAGUGCUGUGGGCUCUGUGUUCCACCAACACCACCAAGUUGUGUUGAUUGUUCAUGCUUAAGCAUUAACACAUUUGCUUAAUCUUGGUCUGAGCUUGAAAAGGGCCAGAUGUGACCCACAUGGGGGAUAGGACACCAGUCCCUUAAGGGCUGUGUGCUGCUGUGUGCUGGUAAAAUGAGUCUUUACACCAUUUUAUAUUUUCUUCUUGCAUGCCAUGAAGGGGAAGGAUGUUAAUGGAAAGGCCCUGACAACCCUGUUAAGACACUGAAGUGUUGGACUUUUAUAGCAAAAUAUCCUAAUGUUUAUGCUAAAAAUAGUAAUUUCUAGGAAAAAAACCCAAAGCCCCAAAGGGGAAGAUUUAGCAGUCAGAUGCUUUCUGAAGGUCAGGGGGUGUGUUACAGCUUGGAAGGGCCAUUGCCCCCUACUGGGGGUUUGCACAUUUGCCUGGUGAGAUGAUGAAAUGAAGAUUAGAAUGCAGUACUUUGUAUUUCUAUUGCCCCUUUCAUCUCUGCAUCUCAGAGGAGACUAAACAUUAGGCCUGAUCCAGAGCCCACUGAAGUGUGCAUUCACCCAUCUGGGAGAGAGCUCCCCAUCCCCACCAGAAAGAAUGUCACUCUACUGGGAAGCUGAUUUUUUCCAUUUCUUCUUCUAAGCUGUUAGCUUUAGUGGCUUGAGAGAGGACACAGUGGGUUUGAAUGCAAUUUGCUGAGUGGGUUUCCUGUGCUUCUGCACUAGGGACUAGGUGCAUCCAGUGCCCCCUCCCAUGUUUAGUCCAAGGCAUUAAUUACAGCUGGAAAAGCCUUUUGUGAUACUGGAGAAACUGGUCCUUUUUCUCUACGUCUCACAAAUGUCUUUGUUCAUGAGAUAUGGGACAGCUCUUUUCCCAGGCUCAGACACUGUGUUUUGAUAAUUUGUUCUCAUGAGCAUCCCUAGUAACUGGUCCAUUGCAUUUGGCAGACCAAGGACCAGAACAGCCCAAAAGCAGCUACUUAACAACUGCUGUUUGCUGGUGCCUCUCUGCUUUGCAGUGAAAUCUGUGUUUUCACUGGAACAGAUACAGCCCUCUAUCUUUUCCCCAAGCAAACAGCACCACCAAACUAAGCAGAAGCCCACAGACUCUGUGCCAUAGAGACAUGACUGUAUCAACCCCUCCUGAAAGCAUUAAGUAAUCAAUGGCUUCAGUGGAAAUAGUCACCCAUGACGAUUGCUGAGCUGAUUACAGCAGUCCCUGGUGAUUAAUGUUUGUGCAGUGUUUAGUCUUAAACCAUAUUGAAAAGCAGCUGCUUUAAUUACAUGGUCUGCCAAGAACUUUGUCCUGAAGGCAUUGAGUUUAUCACAUCCACUUUAUACUUGGAUUCUUGAGUAUGACAGCCUCCUUUGUUAGAACUAGGUAUUUAAGGAAACUGAGAACAUUGCAAAUUAUUCAUUUUAAUUGAAAUUAAACUGGCUUGAGCCUUCACAUCAGAGCCUGCUCUACAGCUCCUUUUGAUUUGGAAAAGGGAUAUGCUUGCAUGUGUGUGUGCUCAUGGAGAAGGGUUGUCUGUGGGACAAGCAUCAUGACCUCAGUAUUUAGUUUUAUGAAGCACCAGGUCCAUGUCUCAAAGUUUUCCCCAAGAUUGAAAAUUACUAAGGUGUUGAUUUUAAAGGCAAAAGUCUCCCAAAGUGUGUAUCCCUUGCUGCUCAUGAGGGUACAAAUGCUGCUCACCAUUCCUCUGGUGAGAAGGGCUGCCUUGGAGCUGAUUUGCUCUGAACUGGCAUUUGAGUGUUCAGUGGGAAAUACAUUUCCAGCUCUAAAUGGAUGCCAGGCUUAGGCUUCAUCUCAAGUUGGUGAAAGAAUAUAGUGUGAGCACAGACUGUGCCAGGCCAAAGCUGAGAGUCUGGCAGACAGGGCCAAAUGCAGAGCUGGAACCAAAAGAUGGGGAAGGCUUGGCUUGUUUGGAUGCUAACUGGGAUGGAUUUGAACUCUGGGCCACCAGCCACUGGCAAGGGUGGGACUGGCACAUGAGGCUGGGAUGAGAGAAGUAAGGGGAGUUUGCCAGUAGGGUUUGGGUCUUGGUCUCACCAUGUGCUCCAUUGGCCUGAGUCUCAAGUCAGAUAAGCAGAGAUUGUUGGCUGUGGAAUACUCAGUAGAAGCCAUGCACUGGUGGGAUGGGAGCUUCCACCACUCUUGGGGGUUUCACUCUCAAGAGGGUCAUCCUGCCUGACAGCAUGAUGCCUGUGCUCUGGCAUUCAGGGAUGCUUGGUCCAUUCACCCAGCUCUGAGCUGGGCAGGAGAAACUCUACAAGAAGUGUGUGGGGACCAGGAUAUGCUGGGAGAUGCCUUGCUGAGGGGCUCCCAUGAGCUGUUCAUGGGGCAGCAGUGCCAUGGUUUCACAGGGUUGUCCUUUGAGGUGCCAUCUUCAUCCUUGGAGCUUUUCAAGACCAGUCUAGGUGAACCCCAUAGCUGACCCUGCUUGGAGCAUCUCUUCCACACUGAGACCCUGUGCUACCAGGGUUGAGUGGAGACUCCUCUGUGUGAGGGAAGGGGCCCAAGGGGUUGCCUAGAGCCAUGUAACAUCCAGGGACAGGGCCACUUCUCUGGCCAUGAAGUGAAGUGGAAAGGCACACAGCUCAACCCCAAAGGCCAUACUCCCCAGUGAGAGGAGCUAAUCCACACUGGACUGUCUCUCUCACCUGGGAGAGGGCUGGCUGGCCCAGUCAUCCAGGACAUGGACACACAGUUCUAACAACUGGGAGAGAGCUUUAACCUGUACAUUUGUUAGGCUAGAUCCAGAGCUCUCAGCAGCCCUGUGCCCCCUCCACACGCUGGCAUACCAGGCAGAGUUGGCUUGUUUUGGCUAUCCAGUGAUCAUGGCUCCUUGCUGAGGGGGAGGUACAGCCAUGUCCAGGUCUUAGGGAAGAUGUCAAAAUAGUUUCCAGUUCCUUUCUGGCCUAGGAGGCAAGUAAAAGGAUGGUUUUCUCAAGUCGUGCUUGCAUUGCGUUGGCGUUUUCCCACCUGUGUUAUAAAAGUUCCAUUCCAUAUAAAAGCUGACAUCCACAUGGUUUGUCCCAUUGGAGGCAUGCUGUCUACAAGAGAUGGAUGCAGUGGAACUGUGAUUAUGGAGAAGCCCUACUUCUACAGGAAGGGGGAACAGCAAAGCCUAACCCUGGCACCAGCCAGAGAACACACAUGGCCAUCAAAGAGCCAUCAGGAAAAUCAGAGGGACCAGUCUGGCAUCAAAUCACAAGGGCCAAUAAGCCAGUUUAGGGCCUCUGAGGAGUCUGAGUGCCUCUCUUCUCUACCCAGCCUUCCCACAUGUACACAGCAGCUGUUAAUGAGGCUCUUGCAGGUCAAGACGUGCACUUUUUGAUCAUGAUUCCUUCUUGGCCCGGAGCAGUUCAUCCCCUCUAUCAGUCUGUCCUUGGUGUCUCAUCGUUGCAGUCACAAUUUUAUCUCCUUGUUCCCAACUCCUAGCGUUGUACUGUUGAUCAGAUUUUUGAUUUAGUGUCUACUCUUAUGAAAAGUUGAUAUGUAGCAAGGUGUCACAAUACAGCUGUCCCCUUCUAGCCCACAGCCAGCGGGUCCUGGCAUGUGGUGGUCAAGUUUUAACACCAGCCAGUAACAUCUGGAACAGAAGCUGGGCCACAUGGCUCUAUCUCUUUAGCUGAAAGAGCUUCUCAACAGACUUGCUCUCAAUCACCAGGCUCUUAAUUUUUGAUGUAGCCCAUUGAUGCCUGGAAAGGCUGAUCUGGAACAGGGACUAGAUAGAUCAAAAGGAAUUAAGUAGGUAUUUAUUGAAAGGAUACAGCUUGGGCAGUGCAAGAACCUGGCUGGGGUUAUACCUAAGUCAAAUCCAAGAUGGAUUCCGGGUACAAGUUUUUACACUUCUGUAAGUUUUGGUUCAUUUACAUAUUGGGGUUAAUUGUUAAUAGCUCCAGGUUAUAAAGUCUCAGCGCCCUGGCUUGCCCCCUUUCCCUUAGCUGUUGUUUAUGCUUUUUGGGUACUGGUUGUCCUUGAUUCUCUAGCUAGGAAGGGAUUGUUUUGUCUAACUACCCUGUGAAGAGAACUAACUAACACCUAAAUUUCAGAGUUACUCAUUAUGCAGCAGAGAAUCUGAAAAAUAUAAAAGCUAAAACCUAAGGCAUCACAUUGCUAACAUGUAAUGGGUUUAUGUGUAGGCCAAUGGGUUGACCAUAUGGGAGAGGUUUGCCCCAAGACCAGGAGAUAAGGAACCAUCAUUUUUAUUGUCAUUCUCUGGGUGACACUGCACUGUAUCUUCAUGUGGGACGAGAGGGUUCAUGUGAACUCUGUAUAUGACUUUUUCUCCGGCUUGUAAAAUGAAGGUUUUUAGUACUUAUUUCCCCACCUCACAGAUGUGUUAUGAGGUGUAAUUAAUUGACAUCUAAUAAUGCAAAGAGCUGUUUUGAGUCUGCAGGCAAUGGCUGGGCAGCAUGUGAUGCUACCCUGUUGUCAUGCCCAGCGACAUAGACAGCCCUGACACAUCCCAUUCUACAAAACUCAUUAAAAACCGCUUCAUUCUUGAUUACCAAGGUGAAAAAAAAACUUGGCAGGAUUUUCCUCUGAGUGAGGGGGGUGGGGGAAAUGCCAUUUGCACAGUUGUCAGUGUUCUGCUGCCACACUGACCCUGAGAAUACCGUGGUUUUUUUGAGAGCAGUUUGGAUGUGGUGGUUGAACCACGUUGCAGAAGAAGGGAAAGGGAGCAGGACCCUGGGCUCCAUGGAGAGCCUGUUGAUGAAUCCCGUAGGGUUAGGACCAAACCUUUAGAGUAGUUUUAUCCCACUCAACCCAGCCCUUGGCAAAGUUGACAAGUCCCCACUGACUUUGGGCAUCAUUGUGUGGGAACAGACCCAGUCAAAUUAGGGUAGUUGUCUCCAUUUGUUUCUUAACCUGCUGCGAGGAGGGGUUGGAGCCCCAGCUGUGAAGCUGUUGCGUCAGCAGCCGAUUCGCAGGGAUGUUCUGUGUGUUUCAAAGCCUAUGACUGUUCUUAAAGAGAAGUAUUUUUAAUUUUUUGAUUUCCAUUUGUAGAAGGAAGGACAAGAGUAAUCUGUGGCAAACUGUACAGUAUGUGUCUUCUUGUGGUGUCACUGUUUGAAUGGUUAUUAAGUUUUCAAAUCAUUGUGGACAGCUAAUCACUUAAGUUAUUAAUUUAUUCUUUGGGGGGGUUGUUGUUUGGUUGGGUUUUUUUUAAAGUAAUUUGAAACAAUUAUUUAUCCUGUAAAUCAGUCUUGAGUGAAGCCUAGAUAAUACUUUUUUGCUGUUAAUAAACAUGGUACAUGCCUGACAUGAAGGUGAUCUCAUUUUUAAGUACUGUAUAUGCAACGGAAAAGCAACAGGAAAAUAAAAGAAUGAUAAUAAAAAGACAUUUCUCCCUGGUGA